GAGAGAGAGAGAGAGAGAGAGAGAGAGAGAGACAGAGAGAGAGAGAGAGAGAGAGAGAGACUGCCUUGACUCUUGGACCUCACACCAGCACGUUGUGUAUGGCGGAACGGAGGAACAAACAAACCAAACGACCUAAACCAAAUCCCACUCAAAGUUGUAUCGUCUUGGUGGACGCGUAUUCUUCAGCUCAAGAACAUCUUCAGCGGUGAAGUUGGAGGAAACAAGGUGUUUAACGUCUUCUGCUGUGUUCCCGCUUGAGUGACCCCCCCCUUCUUCCCCGCCCUUUGACUCCACCUUUUCCGUGAUGUCAUCUCAGACCACGCCCAUCCAAGGGUCUCGACCAGUGACCCCUCCGCUGAUCUCUGCAGGAUCCCCGCAGUCACCAGUUUCACCAGAGUGCCUGCAUCCUCCAGCCUGCAGACACAGAGACCGCUCUCCUUCCCCCAUGAGAAGUUACCUCAUCCCCAGCCCUCUGCCCACACGCAGAAACAGGACCUGCUCAGCGACGGCUCGUGCAUCCGAGGGUCCGUUGUUCACUGGUGUGUGUAAAUGCUUCUCCCGCUCCAAAGGCCAUGGCUUUAUCACGCCAUCCGACGGGGGCAACGACAUCUUUGUCCACAUCUCAGACAUCGAGGGCGAGUAUGUGCCGGUGGAAGGCGACGAGAUGAGCUACAAAAUCUGCUCCAUCCCUCCCAAACACGUGAAGAUCCAGGCGGUGGAGGUGACCAUAACCCACCUCAAGCCGGGAACCAAACACGAGACCUGGGCCGGGCGGGUGGUCAACAGCUGAACACUGUCAUUUGCGGAGGGUGGGCGUGGUCAAAGAGGCCAAGGCGGGUGGGUAGGGAGAUAUAGAGAAAAUAAAGAAGGAUGGAAAGGAUGGGGGAGAAUUUGAAACAAAGGUUGUUAGCAGGCACAGUGGGCAGUAGGGCUGGGGAUCGGUCAAAAAUCUUUGAUACCAACAACGUGACUUUGGUACUGGUUCCAUACCAGUUUUAUAAAACAAAAAGAAAUUACAAUAUUACACAUUACGGCCUGGAUUUUAUUAGAUCUUGGUAGAAGCAUGCUGUGUGCUUAUUGGCUCACUAAUGCUGAGAUUUUGCAAUUGGGUAUUGGAUUUUCUUUUGAUUUUGGUCGGUGCCUAAAGGGUAUUGAAAUUGAUACCCAGCCCUAGUGGGGGAAGGGAAACCCAAGCUGGGGAUUAAAGGAGACAUGGCUGAGGCGACUAGUACAGGUUCAAACCAGAGGGAAAUAUUCAUGAUCUCAUAGUUUUACUUAUGUUGAAAUGUAGCUUCCUUUGCGUUACCUGGGAAAUGAGUAAGUAUACUUUGGGAAGGGAAUAGUUACGUUUUUUUGCUUAGAUCUGUAGACUCCCUGUGUUGACAUUUGACAUUUUUACUUUUUUUGAUGAGGAAAUUAAUUUCAGUUGCAAUUAUUCAUUUCCUGGAAAACUUUUUUAUGAUUUAGGUCAAUUCUACUUCACAACAUUUGACUGUGUGUGCCACUUCUACCCAGAGAACUGACAGCUCUGUUUGUGCCUACUUAAGCCAACCUGUCAUCUGUAUUUGAUCAUGUGUUGGUGGUUAUAUGAGUGAAUUAAAGCAUUUUCAACAGGUAUAUAA